AAGUGAGUUGGUCGAGCGAACAAGCAUAUAGCGAGGGCAGCGGAAUCGAGGCGAUACGAUACGAUACGAUACGAUACCGUAGGGUAUACGUUCCAGGAGCGAAUGAAAAGACGGGACGAGACGAGACGAGACGAAAGGCCACCGGAGACAGCGACGUCGCGGGUGUAAAGUUACUAAAUAGCAAACAGAAACUACCGACCACCGAGCAUUGCAGUGAAUGAAAUAUCCAAUAAUUUCGAGUGACAUUCGCCACAAAUCAAUCGAUCGUUCGAUUUGAAACCUGAUUUGUAGAGUUCGUUUCUGCCAGUGUGCCAGUGUGUGUGCAUGUAAGCCAUGGGUUCUAAGCGAGCGAGUGAGAUAGAGCGAGAACACUGAUUCGACUCGAUUCGGUUCGCUUCGAUUCGAUUGGAUUUGAUUCGAAUUCAAUUACAAAAUUUAUUGAGUGUCAAUUACAAACCGCAAGAAAACAACCCGCACGCACAAAUCAAAUCUCUCAGCGGAGAUUUCGAUAGAUUCGGAAACAACCCAAAGAUCGCCAGAUCUAGGUACAGAUCCAGAUCCACAUCCAGAUACCAUCAACAUCCAGAGAUCCAGAAAUCCAGCUGGAGUCAGAGUCAUAAAUCAUGCCUACGACAUUGAUGCUGCUGCCGUGCAUGCUGCUGUUGCUGCUGACCGCCGCUGCCGUUGCUGUCGGCGGCACGCGACUGCCGCUCGAGGUGUUCGAGAUUACGCCGACCACAUCCACGGCGGACAAGCACAAGAGUCUGCAGUACACCGUCUACGAUGCCAAAGAUAUUUCAGCAGCAGCAGCGGGAGUAGGAGCGGGAGAAGGAGCGGCAGCAACUGGAGUGGCGAGCAGUACAGUGAAGCCAGCCAAGACAGCCGCCGAGCAACUGACCGUUGUGAGCAUUUCCACGGCGGCCGCGGAGAAGGAUCUCGCCGAGUCGCGUCGACAUGCGCGACAAAUGUUGCAGAAGCAGCAACAGCAGCAGCAGCAACAGCAGCAGCAGCAACACCGCAGCUUCAUCGGCAGCAAGCAGCAGCACGGCGAUCGCGAAGUGCGCGUCCUCUACCAAGUGGGGGACUCUGAAGAGGAUUUGCCCAUCUGUGCGCCGCAUGCAGUCUGCUCCAAGAUCGAUCUAUACGAAACACCCUGGAUCGAGCGCCAAUGUCGUUGUCCUGAAUCGAAUCGCAUGCCCAACAACGUGAUCAUCCAUCAUCACAGUCACUCGUCUGGAUCCGCGGAUUCGCUGAAGUACAGGAACUACUACGAAAGGGAGAAGAUGAUGCAGCACAAGCGAAUGCUGUUGGGCGAAUUUCAGGACAAGAAAUUCGAAAGCCUGCAUAUGAAGAAGCUGAUGCAGAAGCUGGGCGCCGUCUACGAGGACGAUUUGGAUCAUCUGGAUCAGUCGCCGGACUACAAUGACGCCCUGCCCUAUGCGGAGGUGCAGGAUAAUGAGUUCCCCAGGGGACCGGCGCACAUGAGGCACUCCGGACACCGGGGAUCCAAGGAGCCUUCAACCAAUUUCAUUGGCGGCUGUCCCAGCAGCUUGGGCGUGGAAGAUGGCCACACCAUUGCCGAUAAGACUAGGCACUACAAAAUGUGCCAGCCGGUGCACAAGUUGCCAGUUUGCAAGCACUUCCGUGACUACACUUGGACUUUGACAACGGCAGCGGAGUUGAAUGUGACGGAGCAGAUAGUCCACUGCCGGUGUCCCCGGAAUUCGGUGACAUACCUGACCAAGAGGGAACCCAUUGGCGAUGGCAGUCCGGGCUACAGAUAUCUGUUCGCCUGCUCUCCCCUGACGCGCCUUCGCUGUCAGCGAAAGCAGCCGUGCAAGUUGUUCACGGUGCGAAAGCGUCAGGAGUUCCUCGACGAAGUCAACAUCAACUCGUUGUGCCAGUGCCCCAAAGGACACCGCUGUCCCAGUCAUCACACGCAAUCCGGCGUGAUAGCCGGCGAGAGUUUUGUGGACGACAACAUACAGACAUAUUCCGGGUACUGCAUGGCCAACGAUUGAGUGCAUCGCCAAGGGGAUCAUUCCACAUAUGCACACAUAUAAAGCAUAUUUAAACACACACUUUGUAAAGGAAGAUAGCGGAGGAAGUGAGCGGAGGAGCAGCAGCUACUAUAUAGAUAUCGACUGAGCCAAUUGAGUCUCGCCAAGUUACCAACUAAUGAGAAGGGAAAACGAACAAAUACAAGCUAGGAACUUAAAAUGCACUUCCACACAAAUCAUUUUCAAGUUUUGAAGGGGCGUGUUUCUUUUGCUACCAAAUUUUGGUCAUAAAACGUAUGAUAUAAAUAUUUAAUUAGUUUUAAGCAUCGAUAUGUGCGCAGUUUGUUAUACAAAUAAUUUGUAAUGAAUAUUUAUGAAAACAAGAGCAAAACCUGCAACGAAGGAGGGCAUAUGUAUGCCCACUAUGUAAUAUAGCAACAAACUAUACUCGUAAUCUAACCCGCAUAAAUUGUAUAUAUUUUAAUAUAUGUCUAACGAAAA